CGAUUACCGACGGCAUUGGCAGCAUGUUAGUGCCGCCGGAUAUGCUGGCAGCCCAAUCAAAAAUGCUCUACCAGAUCAAUAAAUACUACGGCGAGAGAGUCCAAACGCGAAUGGGCACCAUCGCCAAAACAAUCCGCGAAGUGUGUAAAGUGGUCCAGGACGUCCUCAAAGAAGUCGAAGUCCAAGAACCGCGAUUUAUCUCCUCUCUAACCGAGUGUAACGGACGGUACGAAGGCCUUGAAGUGAUUUCACCAACCGAAUUCGAAGUCGUUCUUUACUUAAACCAAAUGGGUGUUUUUAACUUUGUCGACGAUGGGACUUUACCUGGGUGUGCAGUCCUUAAACUGAGCGACGGACGAAAACGUUCGAUGAGUCUAUGGGUCGAAUUCAUAACCGCCUCCGGGUACCUCUCAGCCCGGAAAAUCCGGUCUAGAUUCCAAACUCUGGUCGCCCAAGCUUGUGAUAAGUGUUCCUAUAGAGACUCUGUGAAGAUGAUCGCCGACACCACCGAAGUCAAACUCCGGAUUCGCGAACGUUUCAUCGUACAAAUUACACCCGCGUUCAAAUGUUCCGGUGUUUGGCCGCGGUCGGCGGCCCAUUGGCCCAUCCCCCACAUUCCCUGGCCACAUCCGAACCUCGUCGCCGAGGUAAAAACCGAGGGUUUCGACCUUUUGUCCAAAGAAAGCGUCGCGAUUCAGGGGAAACAAUCGGCUAUGGAAGGCGAUGCUUGGGUUUUGUCGUUCUUAGAGGCCGAAAAUCGGUUAUUACAAGGCGGCUGUCGACGCCGCUGUUUGAGUAUCCUCAAAACCCUACGGGAUAGACACUUGGACUUGCCCGGAAACCCGGUCACGAGUUACCACCUCAAAACAUUACUUUUGUACGAAUGCGAGAAACACCCCCGAGAAACAGAAUGGGACGAGGCUUGUAUUGGAGACAGAAUCAAUGGGAUUUUCCUGCAACUGAUUUCGUGCUUGCAAUGCAGGAGGUGUCCGCAUUAUUUCCUUCCAAACUUGGAUUUGUUCAAAGGAAAAUCACCAAGUGCGCUGGAAAACGCCGCCAAACAAGUUUGGCGACUCACCCGCGAAAUGCUAACGAAUACCAGGUGUUUGGAAAAAUUGUAACAAGUAUAGGCCAAAUAUUCAAAAAUUCCAUUAAAACCCGCAUCGCUGUGCCAUAUACUUGAUGUAUAAAAUGCUUUAAUUAUUUUAUUUCGUACCUUUAUUUGUAAAUAUU